CUCUCGAUGCAAAAGCAAUUAAUUUUAUCAGUAGUAAUGCUGUGUGCUGUCGUGCUGUGUGUAUGUGUGCUAGUUUCUGCAAAACCCGAGGUGGAUUACACGGAGUUGGCCAACGAAGCAGAAACAAACAAAAAUGAUAUACUUAACUUUCUCAAUGAUACUCAGAUACAACAGCGAUACAGAAAUCUGUAUGAUAUACUGCUGAAGAAUCUUACAGGGUCGACGCGACGCAUCGUAUCGGGCUACAACACGUCGAUCCUGUAUGUGCCGUGGCAGGCGUCGUUGCGAGAGAAGAACUACCCAAUCUGCGGAGCGAGUGUCCUCACUGAUACUUGGAUGCUCACUGCUGCUCAUUGCUUGCUCAGGCCCAAUGCGAGAGACCUGACGGUGCGCCUGGGCUCGUCCUGGAGGACCCACGGGGGAGAGAUGUAUGAUGUGAAGGAGCGCCACAUCCAUCCUCGCUACGUGAGGCCCACUAAACGCUAUGACGUCGGGCUUUUGCGGCUGCAUACGCGACUGAGGUUCUGUUCGAGGAUCAUGCCCAUACGAGUGGUGGAACGGGGCUCGAGGCUGCUCGCUGAUAUGCCGGCGAUUGUGUCCGGCUGGGGUAAGCUGAGGGAAGGUGGCCCGAGCGCGAGCUUCCUGCAAUCCUCGAUCAUGCGGACAAUCGCUAUGAAGCUAUGUCGCGUUUCGGGGCUGGACCGAAACCCCAUCGACCCCGCAUCCAUGUUUUGUGCUGGAUCGUUCUCCCAACCCUCGCCUGAUGCCUGCCAGGGUGACAGCGGCGGUCCCAUCGUCAGUAACGGUGUCCUAAUCGGUAUUGUGUCAUGGGGUCUCGGCUGCGCCCGGGGCAACUUCCCCGGUGUCUACACGCGGGUGUCCAACCCCGUCAUACACGACUGGGUGUUCUCCAAGGUCGCUAACAAGAGUGACGUUAUAGCGACGGAUGUCCGUUAGGUUGGACGUCGAUGACGGCAUAAUUAU